AUGAAAUCCAUGACCUCUGACCUUGGCCUGAUAGAGAACAUCACAACUAUCAUCCGACCCCCUUAUUUCUACAUCAGUGGAUUCACAGGGAUCCCUCACAUGGAGUACUACUAUGUCUUCCUCUCCCUCGUAUACAUCAUCUCUCUGAUCGGCAAUUCCUUCAUCAUGUUUGUCAUCUCCAUGGACCGCAGUCUCCACAGCCCCAAGUACAUCGUUGUGUUCAACCUGGCCCUUACAGAUGUCUGUGAGACCACAGCCUUGGUCCCCAAGCUCCUGGAUAUGUUCCUGUUUGACAGACAGUUCAUCUCCUACAACCAAUGCCUAGCCAAUCUAUUCUUCAUCUCAAUCUUCCUCUUCAUGCAGUCCUUCAACCUCACCAUCCUCUCCUAUGACAGACUAGUAGCAAUCUGCUCCCCACUCAGGUAUCACAUGUUAGUGAGUCACAGAUCCAUGUUUCAGCUGACCGGUGCUGCCUGGGUGUUUGCUUUGUUAAUUGUUUUGUUCCCUGUGAGUUUCAUCACACGCCUCUCCUUUUGUGGGUCUGUGGUGAUCAACAGCUACUUCUGUGACCACGGCCCCCUGUACCGCCUGGCGGCUCCCUGUUGUGAUGUGCUCCCGAACAUCGUGUUGUCAUACUUCAUCCCCUGUUUAGUCCUCUAUAUUCCCAUGGUCUUCAUCAUAGCAUCUUACAUCUGUAUCAUCCAUGCCCUCUUCACCAUCACACUUCCCAAGGACAGACACAGGGCUAUAAAGACAUGCACAUCACACCUGAUACUAGUGGCCAUUUUCUACCUGCCAAUUAAUAUCAGCUACCUUUUCGUCUCCUUCAUCCCCUCCAACAUACGGAUCAUCAACCUUUCCCUGACCUCUGUGCUGCCUCCCAUGCUCAACCCCAUCAUAUAUGUUCUGAAGACGGAGGAGUUCAAGGUAUCAGCCAAGAGGCUCCUCAAAAGAGUUUAG